GUUGGUAACACGCCUAUUUCUCUUUGCCUAAUAAAACAAGCUUUUUCGGUGAUAAGAAUAGGUAUUUAAGGAGGCUCGAUUACAUUUUUUACUUAGUGUUCUUUCAUCUUUCACUGAACCUGGUUAAGAUUUUCUUAUAAGUCACCAUGGCAAAACUUUUCGCAUUACUAAUCUCAUUGUUGGCGAUAUCUCAGACGCAAAGUAACCCUAAUUAUUGUUACUCGUCUGAUUCAGUUCGGCCACAACUGGCAAUGUUUUCUACAAAAACGUCUUACCAAAGUGUAAGCGGUUCAUCAGUAGAUCCUUCAGUUUCCAAUUGCACACCAAAAAAAUUCUGGAUGCUGCAACGUCAUGGAACUCGAUUGCCGAAUGCCAAUCAAAUCAGCAAAUUUCCUAACAUUCCUUCGGUACAGGAAAAGGCUAUUAACAAUCACGACAACAAAGGGAAAGGAACACUCUGUGCAGAAGAUCUUGAACUCAUUAGAAAUUGGAAAAUAGACACCAAUUUAACGGAGAGUAUUGCUGAAUAUUUGACACUAGCCGGAUGGAUGGAAGUCGAAAAUAUUGCACGUCGUUAUCAAUCGGCCUUUCCAACGUUACUCCCUCCAACGUACAGUCCGAGUCAGUAUUUGUUCCAACAUACAGACGCACAACGAACACAAGGAAGCUUCCGUGCAUUCGCGGAUGGUUUGUUCGGUUACAAUGGAUACAAAGCUGUUGUUCCUGAGCCGAUACCCGAUCGAGAUUUACUGUUAAGACCUUACGAUUUUUGUGCGGAAUGGCUAGCAAAUAGUGCAGAAGAAAAGGAAAUGUCUAAGUUCGAAAAGGGUGACGAAUAUGAUGAUGUCAUCGAUAAUGUCAACGAAAAGCUUGGAGGAACAUCUGCCUCAAAAUCAAAUGUACGAAGUAUGUGGCAAUUGUGUCGCUUUGAACAAGCUGCCGAUUUGUCUCGGUCGGCUCCAUGGUGUUCUGUCUUUUCGUAUGACGAUGUUGCGGUUAUGGAAUAUGGAGAAGAUUUGGGUUACUACUAUGAAGCUGGAUACGGCUUUAGCAUGAACAAAAACAUUUUAUGCGAAACUGUGCAAAAUAUGCUCCUGUUUUUGCAAAAUGAUGGUGGCGAGGCUCCCGCUCGUAUUUUGGUUACUCAUUCUACAGUAAUGCAACUGAUGAUGGUUUCGUUGGGACUAUAUGAAGAUGAGACACCUUUGAAAAGCUCUAAUUUUGCUGAACAACUCAAUAGAAAGUGGAGAACCAGUGAACAGACAGCAUUCGCUUCGAAUUUAGCUGUAAUCCGAUAUGACUGCGCAGAUGGUGACAACGAAGUACUGUUUUUAUACAAUGAACGUCCAUUGGAAAUACCUGGGUGUCAGUCGAACGGUCUAUGCAAAGUGAGCUAUAUUUUAGAGACGUACGACAGAUAUUUAACGGCUGACUGCCCGAAUAUUUUCUGCACUGCAUAAACGGCAAUUUGUAAUUUAAUUCGAUGUUAAUCGAAAAUUUAUUUAUUUAUUGUAUUUUAUACUUAUAAAGAAAUGUAACUGAAAUGAGCUGCCCAU